UGGUAUCUUUGUAUGGCGCUUUAUUUGAACUAAUUACAAGCAGUUGAAGAACGCGAUGCCAUGGGUGUGACUAUGUCACGUGGCGAGAAGCAAGUUUCUGGAAGGCGAAAGUUGCCAUUCGGUGGCAAUUUGUUAGAACGUAUUCGAGCGGGUCCCUUUUCAAACAGAAGAAAUCAGAUUUCAGGAAGCACAGAUGAUAUAAGUCCAGAGUUAGUCAGGAAGUAUUUAGCAGAACACCCAUUAUUUCUAGAAAGUAUUGUUAAGGAGCAAACCCCAAAGAAAAAUUUGCUCCGUGUUCAAGGUGACGGUCUUGGGAGGAAGAAAAGCAGGACCUUGGGUGCUCUAGAGGCUUCACACACGUUUCUUUCACUAAAGACAAAGUACACUGGGCUGUGCCUGAAGUCACAGACACAGCUGUGUCUGUCAGAAGGGAGGAAGAAGGAUGUGAGCGAGAUUCUGGAUGAGGCUGCCUGUAUUCUAGCUAAAGCUACUGAUUCAGAUGACUUUGCCUUGUAUCUCCCCAAGCAUAAUGAAACGGAGCUUGAGCACUACUAUAAUGGCACAAAGAAGCCGUAUGGGCCAAUAGGCAAAGGCAUGACUGUUGCAGCUCUUGCUGCAAUGGAGAAGACUAUCCAACUGGUUGAAAACCUACCUCAGGACACAAGGUUCCCUAAAGGUGUUGGUCGUGGAGCGACAAGUGUACACAGUGCCCUGUGUGUGCCCCUCGUCUUGCCUUCGAACGAUCUCCUAGGUGUCAUCGAACUGACCAAAGAAGGCUUAAAGGAUUCAUUUACUGAUGAAGAUCAUCAGCUGGCUAAUGCCAUGUUGAGCUGGUUGGUGGCCUCUCUACACCAGUGCAGGAUGAACAGAGUUUUGUUGACUCAGUCCAAGUUAAAUGACUUCCUGCUAGACACAACCAAGGUCCUGUUUGAUGAAAUGAUCAGCAUAGACACUCUGGUACAGAAUAUCAUGUAUCACACCAAGGACCUGGUGCAGGCAGACCGAUCGGCUCUGUUUCUGGUUGACGAGGAGAAGAAUGAGCUGUUUGCUAAUUACUUUGAUGAGGGUGUAACGGAGGACGGCAAGCCAGUCUUCACCAAACGUCAGAUAAGAUUCCCAAGUGACAGGGGUAUUGCGGGACAUGUUGCUAAAACAGGAGAGGCACUCAACAUCCCUGAUGCCUAUGAGGAUCCAAGAUUUAACAGGGAUGUGGACAAGCAGACUGGCUACACCACCAAGAACAUUCUAUGUAUGCCCAUCAUCAGCAGGGGGAAGGUGAUCGGGGUGGUACAGAUGGUCAACUCUCUCACUGAGGACCACUUUACUAAAGCAGAUGAGGAGGCCUUCAAAAUGUUUGCAGUGUACUGUGCACUGGCCCUGCACUACUCGAAGCUGUUCAGCUUGCUGAAGCAACAGCAGGACCAGUACAAGGUGGCCAUGGAUGUUCUGGAGUUUCAUUUUGUGGCUCAUGAUGAGGAAGUGGAUGAGCUGGCUGACAAUCCUUAUCCAGCAGCUGAGGAGGUUCCAGCUGUAUUGAGCAAAUAUGAAUUUUUUGCAGAUGAUUUUGAGAAACAGUUGCCAAAAUUGUUUCUACACAUGAUUGAUGAUCUGUUUGGGCAAAAUAUGUUUGACCAGAAGAAGCUGUGUCAGUUUAUUCUGACUGUGCGCAAGAAUUACCGACCACUUCUGUACCACAACUGGAGGCAUGGAUUCGAGGUGGCCCAUGCGCUGUACUGUAUGAUCAAAACCAACCCUGGCAUCUUCUCCAUCAAAGAGCAAAUGGGUCUCGUGAUAUCGGGAUUGUGUCAUGAUGUGGAUCACCGUGGUUACAACAAUGCAUUCUUCACCAAGCUGCAGCUGCCUAUGGCUGCCCUGUACAGCACUUCCGUCAUGGAGCAGCAUCACUACAAGCAGACAGUCAUGAUCCUGCAGAGUGAAGCGCACGACAUCUUCUCCUUCAUGACUGCUGAUGAGUACAAGGAGAUGCUGGAAAUGAUUCGCCAGGCCAUCAUUGCCACUGACCUUGCCCUCUACUUUCCCAACCAAAAAUCACUUGCAGCUCUUAUCAAGGAGAAUACGUUUGAUAUCAACAACACCAAGAUGAGAGGCCAGUGUAAGUCCCUGAUGAUGACGGGGGCAGACUUGUGUGCCGUGGCCAAACCUUGGAGGACACAGGAGCAGACCGUCGAUCAUAUCUAUGAGGAAUUCUAUGUGCAGGGAGAUAAAGAGAAGAAAUACGGCUUCCAGCCUAUUCCUAUGAUGGACAGAGAGUACAAGGAUGAGAUGCCGAAGCAACAGGUUGGCUUCAUCGGGUUCAUCUGCUUGCCUCUGUACAACACACUCAUCAAGAUUCUCCCCGGAUCACAACCACUCCUGGACGGCACCAACUCCAACACUGUUAGUUGGAAGGCAUUGGUUGAGGCCAAAGAGAAACAGAAACAGCUAGCAACAGAGGAGGAAGGAGCUGCAUAAGGCCUCACCACCCAUGCAUCUCCAUCAACAUCUAUAAUCAAGCAAGCUGUUUUGUCAUAUUAGAAAAAAGUAUUAACAGGAUGAAAACUUGAUAUAUACUACUCAAAAGAAGUUAGAGAACACCCUAUUUUUUCAUAUCAUUAUUCUGUCAUGGCUGGUGGGUAUUGCAACACACAGACUUCCAAUGGUGAGCGGUCUCUAACUUUUUUUUGAGUGGUAUAUAACACUUUGUCUCAUGACAUUAAAAUUUAAGUCAUGUGCUUAUUAAUGCCACACCCAGUUGGGCCAUGCAAAUAAUUAUUUUAUCAAACACAUCACUGGAGCUGUUGACUGUGAUAUUAACUGCAAUAGCAUUGUCAUGAGAAUUUAUUUUCAUUUAAUUUCAGAUCAUAAGGGUGAUUAUGAUCUUCUGUUUGUUUACAACUUGAUUUGUACGAUGGUUUGAUCUCGUUAUGGUCCGGUACCAGUUUGUUUUACAUGUUUUGAUGUUGUUUUCAAUGUAUGUUCAAAUUAUCCAUAUUUUGUUCCAUUUGUGUGGAUGACAGACUGUGAUAUAGACUGAUGUUCUUUUGUUGUAGUAUCAUUGUUAAUGCCUAAUGUGUAUUUUAAGCAAAGCAUGAACUGAAUGAAGUAUAUUUUAUUCUCAACAUUUUAGAAGGCUAAUGCAUCUUGUACAAGGCAAACCCAUGGAUUUGUGUAGUAGUGCCAUAGACACGAUAAUCACAGUCAAGUCAAGACUGUCUUUGUGAGAAGUAUGUCAAAUGUUCCCCGGCCCUGUUCCACAAGGCGAACAUAGCACAAAGACAAUUGUAUUAAACUCCCAUAUUUAAAUAUAGACUUACGACAAUCGUAACGCUAAGAUCUCUUUGUGAAACGGGACCAAGGUCUGUACUCCAUCAGGAAACUCCAGUGUUCAUCAAUGCUCAGCAUGGUGCAGUAACUUCUGCUGUAUUUACUUCUGAUUAAUCUCUGUUGAUUAAUAUCAGUGUGUAUGAUUUCAACUAAAAUGAACAUAUUCAUUUUA